GCGGAAGGUCAGGGAGGCUCAGAGCGGAAGUGAGACUAGGGAGUCUGUCCGCCAUUGUGGGCCCGAGAAGCGGAGAGCGAGAGGGGAGGAGAGCCUGCAAGCGGAAGAGACGGGCCCCUUCCACCGACUCCCGAGUGCGAGGCCCGCUUUCUGGCUUCUUAGCGAGCGGCGGCGGCUGGAAGAGCCUCUCGGCUGAGGGCGGCAGCCAACUGCUGUGAGUGCACGGGGAGAGGCCCAGGCGGCGACGGCGGCGGUAGCAGCAGCAGCUCUCGGGUUGCGGUGAAGAAUGUCAGCCACUAGCGUGGAUCAGAGACCUAAAGGACAAGGAAAUAAAGGUGGGAAAACAUGAUGCACAGAUCUGUUGACUUUCCUAACUUGAUGUAGUCAGGACCAGAGCAAAGAAUCACCUGGCUCCUAAGGCCCAUGUUCUAUCUUGAUUUGACUCUGCUUCAUAGAGCAGGGGAAACAGGCGAAGAAUCAUUUUCAGUACAAAACGGUUCGAUUCAUCAAAAAGAUGCUGUAAAUGAUGAUGAUUUUGAGCCAUACUUGAGUAGCCAGACAAAUCAGAAUAACAGCUAUCCACCAAUGUCAGACCCAUACAUGCCUAGUUACUAUGCGCCAUCCAUUGGAUUUCCAUAUUCUCUUGGGGAAGCAGCAUGGUCCACAGCUGGAGACCAACCUAUGCCAUAUCUGACAACCUAUGGACAAAUGAGUAAUGGAGAACAUCAUUAUAUACCAGAUGGUGUGUUUAGUCAGCCUGGGGCAUUAGGAAAUACCCCUCCAUUUCUUGGUCAACAUGGAUUUAACUUUUUUCCUGGUAAUGCUGAUUUCUCUACAUGGGGGACAAGUGGAUCUCAGGGACAAUCAACACAGAGUUCUGCUUAUAGUAGCAGUUACGGCUAUCCACCUAGUUCUCUUGGGAGAGCUAUUACUGAUGGACAGGCUGGAUUUGGCAAUGAUACUUUGAGUAAGGUGCCUGGCAUUAGCAGUAUUGAGCAAGGCAUGACUGGACUGAAAAUUGGUGGUGACCUGACAGCCGCAGUGACAAAAACUGUAGGAACAGCUUUGAGCAGCAGUGGUAUGACUAGCAUUGCAGCCAAUAGCGUGCCCCCCGUUAGCAGCGCAGCGCCUAAGCCAACCUCCUGGGCUGCCAUUGCCAGAAAGCCUGCCAAACCUCAACCGAAACUCAAACCCAAGGGCAGCGUGGGGAUUGGGGGCUCCGCCGUGCCACCACCUCCUAUAAAACACAACAUGAAUAUUGGAACUUGGGAUGAAAAGGGGUCAGUGGUAAAGGCUCCAGCAGCCCAACCAGUCCUGCCUCCUCAGACUCUAGUCCAGCAGCCUCAGCCGUUAAUUCAGCCGCCACCAUUGGUGCAAGGCCAGCUGCCCCCGCCGCAGCCGCAGCCACAGCCGCAGCCGGGAGCGCAGCCACAGGCCCAGCCUCACCAAGCGCCGCCGCAGCCGCAGCCGCAGCCGCUGCAGAAUCGCUGGCUCGCUCCUCGGAACAGGGGGGCGGGCUUCCACCAGAACAGUGGAGGGGGAGGGGAAAACUUUGGUUUAGGUGUUGUUCCUGCCAGUGCUUCACCUUCAAGUGUAGAAGUGCAUCCAGUGCUGGAAAAGCUAAAGGCCAUAAACAACUACAAUCCCAAAGACUUUGACUGGAACCUGAAGAACGGACGGGUGUUUAUCAUUAAAAGCUAUUCUGAGGAUGACAUACACCGUUCCAUUAAGUACUCUAUCUGGUGUAGUACGGAGCAUGGUAAUAAGCGUUUGGAUGCCGCUUACCGUUCCCUGAAUGGGAAGGGCCCACUCUAUUUGCUCUUCAGCGUGAAUGGCAGUGGACAUUUUUGUGGAGUGGCUGAGAUGAAGUCUGUUGUGGACUAUAACGCGUAUGCCGGUGUCUGGUCUCAGGAUAAGUGGAAGGGCAAAUUUGAAGUUAAAUGGAUCUUUGUCAAAGAUGUUCCCAAUAACCAGUUACGGCAUAUUCGCUUAGAAAAUAAUGACAACAAACCAGUUACCAAUUCAAGGGACACCCAAGAGGUACCCCUAGAAAAAGCUAAGCAAGUGCUUAAAAUAAUUGCUACUUUCAAGCACACCACCUCAAUCUUCGAUGACUUUGCACAUUAUGAAAAGCGUCAAGAAGAGGAGGAAGCCAUGCGUAGGGAGAGAAAUAGAAACAAACAAUAACCAUAUGAAGAUGUCCUGUUAGAAUUAUACAACACUAAUGAUGUAGACUCUGGAAAUGCCUAAUAAGUCAAAGAAGACGUUAUUAAAGCUUUUUUCUGCUUAAGGUGACAUCUUUGAACUCUAACACAGAACUGACUCUUCUUGUAAUGGUUUUCAUCAGCGCAUCUGCCCUUAUACUCUCACCAAACACACUUGAGAACUGUAACUUCGUCAAGCACUUUCUGUCCUGAAGCUUUUACCAGUAUCUGCUGUCUUUUGUAAUUAUGCAUCCUAGCUAAGGCACAGAAGACUGAAUGAAUGCAAGGAUUCAUUAACUCUUUGAAUUUGUUAAAUACUAACAGUUAACCAUUAGAAGUGGUUCAAUGAUGUAAGAGUCACACUGCUUCAACUUUUUCUUUGUUGUAGUUUUUAAAUUGUCAAUUUUUAGCUAUUUGACAGAUUAAAAGCAAAAUAAUCAUGCCAUAUUUAGUCCUGGAGUUCAAGUCUAAAUGUUUAUGUGAAAAUUAUUGUAGUAAACUUUUAAUAUGGCAAAGCAACCUUAUGCUCUAUUUUAGCCAAAUGAAACAUAAUCUGAGAUUAUAUUAGAACAUUUCCCUUGUCUUCAAACUGUUUGGUGUAACAGAAUAUUGAUAUGCAGCUUGGUGGAUUUCACCAGUUAAUGCACAUUCUUCUCCCUCCCUCCUUCCCCCAAUAAUAUGUAGACUGAAAAAUG